AUGGCUGUGAAGCAGCAGCAAACCGAGGACCUAAGGAUCCAUGAUGACCAAGCUAUUUCUGAUGCAAAAUUACACCCACGUGGUCCUGACGAAAUUGAAAUUGGAGGUGACUGUGUUCGUCAGCUGUCUGCCUCAUUGCCCCCACUCCCUCCAGGAGGGCCAGAGGUUGUGGUGGAGCUGAUUGAGUCCAGGCUUUUCUGUAGGUGUGCUUUUGAUGUUCCCACAAACAACUCUGUGGGAUUUCUCAUAGCCUGGUCUAGGCUUUCUUCUCAGGAAAUCAAAGAGGAGCUGAGGCAAGAAACCACAGUUCAGGCAUUCUCUCUUUUAGAACUGGAUGGCAUAAAUCUCAGACUCGGAGAUAGGGUAUUCUGUAGUGCUUCCAUCUUUUUCCCGGAGAAACCACAUGUACAAAGUUUAGCCAUCGAAAGUCGAGAAUUUUUUGCAGGCAUUAAGUUACAACCUGAAUUGAGCACUGUCUCAGAAGAUGGGAAAGAAUACCAGUUGAGGAUAGAGAGCACAAUUCCUGUCGCUUGUUCUGAAUUCAGUGAGCUUGAUCAGGAAUGCAGAAUCUCAUUCUGCAAGGCAUGUACGAGAUACAGUAGUAAAGAACAGCUAGGCUUAAAUUUGGCACUGUCUUCCUGUCACGUGGACCUUCACUGGACAUCAUCCUGUGCUAAUGGAACCUGUGGCCAUGCUUUUGUGUACUACACCACUGUAACAGAUUUUUCUCAAGACGGAGAUAGAGUUACAAACAUUGUAGUGGAACCUAUAGUUAAUGAGGAUUUCCUGUGGAACAGCUGCAUUCCAGACAGCAUCCAGAUCAGAGUAAAGGAUGUCCCAACUGCAUACUACUAUUCAUUUACUGACCCACAUAUAAUUACAUUUGAUGGCAGGGUAUAUGAUAAUUUCAAGACUGGAACAUUUGUGCUUUAUAAGAGUAUGUCACGUGAUUUUGAAGUCCAUGUACGUCAGUGGGACUGUGGAAGCCUUCACUAUCCUGUGUCAUGUAACUGCGGGUUUGUUGCCAAAGAAGAAGGUGAUGUGGUUACUUUGGAUAUGUGCAGAGGUCAGCUACAUGAAUCACAGCCAUAUUUAUUUGUAAAGAGCCAAGAUGUAACAAGCAAUAUCAAGAUAAGUGAAUCUUACUUAGGAAUAAAAGUCACAUUCUGGUUUUCUUCUGGAGCGUUUAUCCGUGCUGAUCUUGGUGAAUGGGGCAUGAGUUUAACAAUCAGAGCCCCUAGCCUAGAUUACAGAAAUACUUUGGGACUUUGUGGCACGUUUGAUGAAAACCCAGAAAAUGAUUUCCAUGAUAAAAAUGGGAUCAAAAUUGAUCAAACCCUUAAUAAUUGUGCUGCUUUUAUUAAUGAAUGGAGGAUUUUACCAGGAAAAAGCAUGUUUGACACCAUGCCAAUUUCUCUGCCAUCACCUGGAAAACUGUCCUACAAUUGAAAGUCGGACACUCCUUCAUGGUAUCCAUCUUCUAACCAUCUGGAUAGUGUUUCUCAAUCAGAAAUUAUUUCAGGUUGCAAAGACCUCACACAUGUCAAAUUUUCUUCCCUGAUACCAGAACUAGAUGUCACCUCUGAAUAUAUUAAUUCAGAAGCUCUUGCCAGAGUGAUAAACAAGCCUAUAUCUCGAGAAGAAAAUAAUUUGAAUUUCUUUCCUCAAGAAAAAACUGUGAACCUAACCAAACUGGACGUAAGUUUACAAAAACAUCCUGGGAAUGAAAAACAAGAUGCACCAAAAACUUCAGAUAAUGGGAGACACACACGGGACCAGGGGAGUCACAGCCAAAAAACAAGGUGGGAUCGACGAAACAGAUGGAAACGGCAAAGCUUUUAUGAGUUUCUUCCUUUAUUUGCUUUUCAAAGUCUCAGCUGAGGUGACCUAGAAGAGUUUACUUACUUUUUCCCUGAGGACCAUACCGAGGAUGUCCACCAAGAGUUUGUCCCCACGUGGCCCACCCCCUCUGGCCUCACUGAGUACAGCACCUUGGCACUGUGUCAGCUGACUCUAGCCAACUCCAGCAUAGGAAGGCACUGUCUUGCCUUUCUUGGCAAGAGACUAGACAGUGUCAUAGAUAUGUGUGUCAAGGAUGUUCUCCUAAAAGAUGAUCUUAGCUGGGCAGAAGCAGGUGUGGCCCUUUUAGAAAAUGAAUGUGAAAAGAGGAUUUUGGAAGAGGGGAAAUUUAACACAGAAGAAUACAGCAGGUCGAUUGAAGGCAUUCUGUUGGUAUUAAAAUGCCCCAGUUUGUGCAGUGGCAAUGGGCAGUGUAUGGAAUGGGGAUGCGCAUGUUCCCCAGGCUUUCGUUCCUAUGAUUGCAGUGAUUCGCACGACAAAGCUCCUGAAAUUAUAGAACUUGAGAAUGCUGGAUUCUGUAAUGUUUGAAAAUAUAAUUGCAUAACAGUGAGAGUUUUUGGUCAAGGCUUCAAAGAAUCACCUUCAUUUAAAUGUGAAGUUACUAAACUGUAGUAUAAUAGCAGUAAAUGGGUCCUUGGAGAAACUGUCUACACACAUACUGUUUUUCAAAAUAGCAGAACUGUUGAUUGUCAGCUGCCUGCUGAUGUUCAGCAGUCUGGUGCUAUGGAUCUGAUGGGUGAGAAACCAAUUGUGAAGUGGCAAUUAAAGGCAUCUAAUGAUGGUCAUAGGUUCAGUAAUCCCAAAAUAAUGACCAUAUAUGAUGGGGCUUGUCAAGUUUGUGGUCUCUCUGAAAAGGACUCAUGUACUAUAAAGGAAAAUAUUUGCAUUAUCGAUGGACUCUGCUACAUUGAAGGGGAUAAAAAUCCUACCAGCCCUUGUUUGAUUUGUAAACCUAAAAUUUCAAAAUUUACUUGGUCAUUUUUAGAAAACAACCAACCCCCAGUGAUUCAGAUACCGCAAGACACAUUGCAGACGUUUUAUGGGGAGAACUUUGUGUGCCAGUUCAUGGCCCUCGAUCCAGAAGGCUCUGACGUCCAUUUUACCUUGAACUCUGGUCCUAAAGGAGCAAAUGUUUCCUCUGCAGGACUUCUUAUGUGGAAAACAGAGUCACUAACUCGCCAGCAAGUCACUCUACGUCUUAACGAUAAUUGCAAUGCUGAAACUAGAGUCAUGAUUGAGGUGACUGUGAAGUCUUGUGAUUGCUUGAAUGGUGGAUCAUGUGUGUCUGAUGUUAAAUUUCCUCCGGGAAGUGGAGCAUACCUGUGUGUCUGCUUGCCUGGCUUUCAGGGCGGUCUUUGUGAAGUGGAUGUCACUGAGUGCCAAUCAAAGCCCUGUGGCCUUGGCAGAUGUAUUAGUGGUUUUCACAGUUAUUCCUGUGAUUGUCCACCUGGGCUCAAAGUUGAAACACAGUUUUUAAAUGAACUUACUACACAUACUGUUGUUCUCACGAGGUCUAACAAAAGCAUAACUAAGGAAGAGGAUGGUAAAAAUGCCAGACAGAAAGAGAGGCACGUUAAGCCAACAAACAGAAAUGCCUCUGCCAUUUGUAGACACCUCUGUGGAAAAAGCAGGGAGUGUGUUGCCCCCAACAUAUGCAAAUGUAAACCUGGUUACACCGGUUCUAACUGCCAAACUGCUCUAUGUCAUCCUGAUUGCAAAAACCAUGGAAAAUGUAUUAAGCCUAACAUUUGUGAAUGUCCCCCAGGGCAUGGUAGAGCAACCAGUGAUGAAGAACUUUGCAGCCCACCUUGUCAACAUGGCGGCACCUGCUUGACUGGCAAUCUCUGCACUUGUCUUUAUGGUUUUGUAGGACCAAGAUGUGAAACAAUGGUUUGUAACAGGCACUGUGAAAAUGGAGGUGAACGUCUUACACCAGAUGUUUGCCAGUGCAAGUCGGGCUGGUAUGGACCCACCUGUAGUACAGCUCUGUGUGACCCUGUUUGCCUCAAUGGUGGUUCCUGUGAUAAGACAAACGCUUGCCUCUGUCCAAAUGGAUUCUUUGGUGCACAGUGUCAGAAUGCUAUCUGUCAUCCUUCCUGUAAGAAUGGUGGCCACUGCAUGAGAAACAAUGUGUGCGCCUGUCGUGAAGGAUACACUGGUAGGAGAUGGCAAAAAAGUAUCUGUGAUCCCAUGUGCAUGAAUGGAGGAAAAUGUGUGGGACCAAACAUUUGCUCUUGUCCUUCUGGUUGGAUUAGGAAACAAUGCAACACACCUGUCUGCUUUCAGAAAUGUAAAAAUGGCGGUGAAUGUAUUGCUGCCAGUGUGUGCCAUUGUCCUGCCUCAUGGGAAGGAGUGCAGUGUCAAAUACCAAUUUGCAAUCAAAAGUGUCUCUAUGGAGGCAGAUGUGUAUUUCCCAACGCGUGCUCUUGCCGCACUGGAUAUUCUGGAGACAAAUGUGAAAAGAAAAUCUAG